UGACACGCAAAAAGGCUGAAUCUCUCGAUUCUACUUCCGCUAUGCUUGCGCAUGCGUUGUCUCUUGUAAGCGCAACAAGGAAUUCAUUCGCAUGGAAGAUCUGCAGAACGAUCGUCGGGGCUGUCAACAAAGCUACACCAGCCAGAAGAUAAUAUUGCCAAUAGUGAGGAGGUCACCAUGGUGUUGAUGAAUCCUGUCAUUUCCAAGCUGACCGGUAAGCUGGUCGUCCUGGCUAGUGCAUCUCCAAGGAGGCUGGAGAUACUCACCAAUGUGGGUUUACGAUUUGAGGUUGUCCCAUCCUGGUUCAAGGAAACGUUAGACAAGAGGCUGUUCAAAACACCCCAUGAGUAUGCUGUGGAGACUGCCAAGCAGAAGGCCCUGGAGGUGGCCAAGAGGAUGCCGUUUAAACACCUGAAAACUCCAGACAUUGUGAUCGGAGCAGACACUGUUGUUACAGUGGAUGGACUGAUUCUUGAGAAGCCAGUGGACAAGCAAGAUGCCUACCGAAUGCUUUCAAGGUUGAGUGGUAAAGAACACAGUGUUUUUACCGGAGUGGCGAUCAUUCUCUGCCAUGAGAAAGAAGAUGAAGAGAUUGAUUAUCAAGUUAUUGACUUCUAUGAGGAGACCAAGGUGAAGUUUGCAGAUCUGUCUGAUGAUUUACUCUGGGAGUACAUCAAUAGCGGAGAACCCAUACGUGUGUGUUUGUUGUGUCUCUGUUUGUGUAUGCAUGGAUCUGGGUCUCUCUGUAUGUGUGUGUGUGACAGGGACAAGGCUGGUGGCUAUGGUAUCCAGGCUCUGGGUGGUAUGCUGGUGGAGUAUGUACACGGAGACUUCCUGAAUGUGGUGGGCUUCCCGCUCAACCAGUUCUGCAAGAAGCUGGGUCUCAUCUUCAGCCCCCCAGGCAGUCUGACACACAACAGCACCCAGACCAGCCCCCAAGGCAGCCCUGUCGACACGGUCCCACCAGCCGAGCCAGCCGCCAGCAGCCCAACCCAUAACGGCCCUCCGGACAGCCAAGGACAAAACAUCCCUUCAGCCAGUACAGCCCAUAAUGUGAAACAGGAGGAGAGUGGGUGUGGAGAGGGCGAGGUGCCCUGGACGUUGGUCAACAACCUGUCUAAGUGCUCUGCGAACGGGGAGGCUGAGCCCCAGGGCAUCAGCGACCCUGCAGCACCAGACUUGACCAGCAGGGGCACCAUUCAGAUGCAGAAUGUGAGGGAGCACGAGACAGAAGACGGCAAGGAAAAGUUGAGCAAGAUGAUCGAGCUCAUGGAUGGAUUUAAAGCCUCAAAGGUGUUGUUCACAGCAUCCAAGCUGCGUGUGUUUGACGUGUUAAGGAGCAGUAAGAAAGGGGAGCUGCAGGCUGAGGAUGUGGCCCAGGAGAUCAAAGCAUCUAUUAAGGGGACCGAACGCCUGCUGGAGGCCUGCGUCUCUCUGGGACUCCUGCAAAGAACGGGAAAAGAGUACACAAACACAGCGAUGUCCAGGCAUUUCCUGCUGUCGGACGGUCCCCUCUCUCUGCAGGGGUACAUCCAGCAUUGUAACGAACUGGUGUGGCCUCUCUUCACCCACCUGGAGACUGCUGUGAGGGAGGGUACCAACCAGCACGAGAAGGCCUUCGGGAAAACCUCUAACCUUUUCCAGGAUGCCUACUACAGCAGACAUGAAGUGAAGCUGCGAUUCAUGAAGGCCAUGCACAGCAUCGCAAAGGUUUCUGGUAGAGACGUGGCGACGGCCUUUGACCUCUCCAAAUAUAAGACGGCCUGUGACCUGGGAGGCUGCACUGGGGCCAUGGCGUAUGAGUUUGCCAAAGCACACCCGGGGUUGUCUGUGACCAUGUUCGACUUACCCGAAGUCAUUGAGAUGAGCAGUCACUUCCGGCCACAUGACGCAGAUGACAGAGUAUCGUUUGUAGCAGGAGAUUUCUUCAAAGAUGAGCUUCCCAAGGCAGACGUAUACAUAUUGGCAAGAAUUCUCCACGACUGGUCGGAUGAGAAAGUACACAUUUUGCUGAGUAAAAUUGCGAAAGCAUGCAAUCCUGGCUGCUGCGUGCUGGUGAGUGAGAUCUUUUUGGAUGAGGACAGGAAGGGGCCGAGCAGAGGCCUACUUCAGGCCCUCAGUUUGACCGAGGGGAGACAAAGGAGCGCCUCCGAAUACAGUCUCCUACUGAAGAGCCACGGCUUCACCGCAGCACAAGUCAAACACACACACAACCUCCUGGAUGCCAUCCUGUGUGUCACUGAGUGACUUGGAGACAAACAACCUUGAAACCAAUAAAGAAUAUAAAUCAAUUAAAUGCCUCCCCAGUCUAGAAUCAAGCUCUUGCCCCAACCAAUAGACACUGAGGCCCUGUUUUUAAAUACUAAAGGUUUACUGAUCGCAAACUGCUUACAGCCAUCCUGUCAUGUCAGAUCAACGAUUACUUCAAGAAAGGUAGGAAGGAAGGACUCUUUUUAGAACUGUUCAAACAGGGCCUCACUCCAUAUUACUUUUACCCAUCCAUUUCAUGUUGAUCUUCAAAGGGGUCAGGAAAUGUUGGGGAAAUGGGGCUAGGGGUUUAUUUUGGAUGAUAGAUUCUGUGACUACGGAGCCGCCACCUCCCUUGGCUGUGAGACAUGUUACUGUUCCCCACAAUGACCAAGACAGUUUAAUUUGACUUUUAAUUCAUUAUAAAAAUGGACCACAAUGUUGUGAAUUUCAAUGGACCACACUGACGGCAUUUCUUUCAAACACUGCAAUAUAGACUAUCAGAGGUAUGUCUAUGCAGCUGACUUUGAUCUCACAGUAAUCCUUGAAGUCUCUGUCAUUAAGCCAGCCAGGUCACCUGUGAUAUAAGUCAGUAUUCGAUGUCCGUCCAUUUCUGAGGACGCAGGGAGAUGAUGUGGAAACCGGCCACUGGUGGCAACAGUGAGUGCCUUUACCUUCAAGUAGGUUUUGGUAGGCCAGGGUUUCCCCAACUCGGUCCUCGGGACCGAGUUUUGCCCUAGCACUACACAGCUGACUCAAAUAAUAAACUAAUCAUCAAGCUUUGAUCAUUUUAAUCUGCUGUCCAGAGGACCGAGUUUGGGAAACGCUGUACUAAGGGUGUUGGGGAUGAUGGAUGAGCGUAAGCCUAUCCCGAACCUUAACCAUUUGGAGAUAAUGCCUGAACUUAACCAUAACAAUUCAGAGUUAAUACCUAAACUUGACCUUAAUCACUUCAAAAAGUUGGAACAACUUCUAAAUUUGACGUUUGAGAAACAUGGAUGAACUUCUAAUUCUGAGAGUAUGAGAGCUGGUAGCAUAAAACUGUCAUGACAGCUGAUGACCGCAAAGACAACCAACAAUAAUUAACUGACCGCUUUCCCAACAUUUUGAGACCACCACAACACUUCGUUGUUUGCCUUUUGACAAUUUUCCUGUCUGAAUUGUUUCAAUAAUGAAAUAAAUAUUUUGUCUGAAAUAA